CCUGUCUAAAAACUGCAAAAAAAUAAAAAUUUAAAAAAAAAAUCAAUUUUUGGACUAUACACAGGAGUAUCUGACCCAGGUCCACUUAACCUAAGAACUGUCCCAGAUAGUGAGAAAGGCCAUGUCUAUCAUAUAGCAAUAUGGCAAAUAACCUCUCAGUCAUUCUAACAUUUAUUCGGUGCCUACUAAGUGCCAGGCACGGUACCUACUUCAAUGUAGCAGGGAGAGGCACACACAGAAGAAAGAAGCACAGAGUAUCAGGACUACAGUACUAGUACCAAGAACCUGUGCCAUGGAGGCACAAAGGAAAAAGUGGCUCCCUAAUGAGAGUGAAGGACAUGAAUGAGUGCACUCAGCACACCACCACUAGUACUUCCUCCCCUCCUUACUAUAGCCUGAGGCCCCCUGCCUAUCCUCAGCAAAACCAAACUCCAAGAAGCCUAUGUAAAUUAGGUCUGAGAUUUUCCCAGGAACCUAGAGUGAGGAUAACUAACCUGAAGUCAUGGCCUGGUAUUUUUCCUGAUAUUUGGAGGACUUGCAAAAGACGGAUGUCCAAAACAAUCCUGCACAAUCUCAGAGGAUUGUGCAAACUGUCCUGCACAAUCCUGCAAAUCUUGCAGAGAUUGUUGACGGACAGUUAGAAGUCAGAAGUUCUAAUCUUACUUUCAAGUUUCAUUCUUAUUUUAAAAACUAUUUCUUAUUUGUUAAAUCAAUAGUCAAGAGCCUCUAUUCCACACAAGUAAUUACAUGGGCAGGUUAAGUACCCAGCCAUUUGCAAAUAUAGUAUAUAUAGUUAAGAAAACCUAGCAUGUGAGUGAAUUAAGAAUAAAAAAUUAUGUUCUUAAAUAUUUGCAAAUCCAGACUUCGGUUCCAGUGACCUCGGCCUGCAAUGCCCCCCGUUUCGCCCUGGGCUCACGUCGCGAUCCCGGCUUGAGAGGCCUGGGGUGGGGGUCCUGGAAGUUUUAACCUAGCUGUUCUCGAGGCGGAUUAAUUAGCCCAAGGAACAUUAUAUUCAUUUUUCUGGAUAUGCCACAGAAGGAUCCGUGCCAGAAACAAGCCUGUGAAAUACAGAAAUGUUUACAAGCCAAUAACUACAUGGAAUCCAAGUGUCAGGCUGUCAUCCAAGAACUGCGUAAGUGUUGUGCUCAGUAUGCCAAGGGAAGAUCACUCGUCUGUUCAGGAUUUGAAAAAGAAGAGGAAGAAAACCUGACACUGAAGUCUGCAUCAAAGUAAAGUUCUGCUGAGAAGUUAAAUGCUGCUCCAUGUUUCCACCAAGCGAGUUUUAUUUAUCUUCUCGACUUGUUCAGGCCAGGUAGCAGCAAAUGACAAAUGAAAAAUGCAACUAUUAAAGUUAACAAAUAUGCCAUCUAUGCAGAACAGGCAAAAUAAUAUAAAUAUAUUAAAGACAAAUAUGUAGAAUGUAAUAAAACUGAGCUGCUAAAAUAAAC